CAAAGCAGGGGGACGUCGCUCGCUCGCGAAUAGCUUUUGCAAAAACGACUAGCUAGUAGUGUGGGAAUGUUAGCAACAGCGUAGCACCAAAUACGGCCGAAAUGACAACGAUUUUACUCCUAAUAUGAUAGUUAUGAAGACCGUAUCAUUAUAGAUACGGUUAUAAUUUCUUGUAAGGACUCUGCUGAACAGCGAACACGGCGCUGCUUUUCCCGGCAAGGGGAUUGGAGACCUCAUCAUUUCCGAGUUUUCGCAGCAGUACAGUGUUUUGGGUGGGACCCUGAACUGUAAGGCAUUCAGAUUGUGGCCUGCAGACGACCAGGGGGUUGUGGGAGAAGACUGAAGGGAAUAGUCCGUCAUCACACUGGACUGGAGGGAAUGCCUGAGAGAUGUGAAUCUAUGAGUUACUGCAGCGCUACUGCCGCCUCUCACAGGGAACCUAGGAAACCACCACCACCCAACCUGCUGCAGUCAGCCUGGAGGGUUGCAGCCAUGCAUCUCAAGCAAUACCCCAAACUGCAGAAGAAAGAGCUCCACCUGGAGUCCAGUCAAGACAGCCAGAGAGGCCUUCAUCAUGUGAGCCAGCAGGGUGUUCUGUCGCAGAGGACAGUGGGGGGGGUCCGCCGGGUGGGCCCGUCUAGCAGCGGGCUUGGCCAGGGUACGGCCUGCUACCCCCUCAGUGUCAUAUCCACCAACACCCUGCAGUGCUGCAGUAACGACAACAGCGGCUCCAACCACCACAACAACAGUAAUAAUAUCCACGUCAACCGUGGUAGUGGCUGUGGGCUGCAGACCUCGAGGCUGAGUGAGUCCGAAGGGGAUGUAUUCCACAGUAGCGCCUCCAAGACCACCACCUGCAACACCCCCUCCUCCCUGCUACUCCUCUCCACCUCCUCCUGCACCACCACCUCUACAGGCUCGGUGGGCUCUGAGGACCAGGAGGCCUCCCUCAGCAUCUCCUAUGAAGGGGAGGACAGAGAGGGACCGCUGGAAAUCUGGGCCGUCAUCAAGCCCGGCAACACCAAGGAGAAGAUCGCAAUCUUCGCUUCGCCCCAGUGCCGUGGCAGCCUGGUGAACGGUGGCGGUGGAGAGCCGGUCAGGGAGGCCGGUGAGGACUUUGUGAGCAGCAGCCUGGGGAGGACAGUGUCUGUGAAGAUGAAGAGCUGCUGGGAGGACGAGGGUGGCUCUGUGGCCAAGCGCAGGAGGAGGUCAGGGCAUCAGGGGCAACACAAGGACCGAGACAGACAGUCAUCCAGAGCCCUGGAGACACAGAGCCCACUGAGCCCCACUGAGAACAGCCCUGUAGAGGUGACCAUCUGCCUCGGAGAGAGCCCCAGAGUGCCUGAGUGUGGGGAGGUGGUUGUAAGGGUGGGUGGGGAGCAGGUGUGUAGGGUAGAGGGCGAGGAGGGGAGUGAGACUGGGACGGGCAAGGCUCUCUCUGUGGUGGAGUUGGUGGCCUUCUUGGAGCAGAGAGCUAGCGACAAGCAAGUGGACUCUAAGCCUGUGUCUCUGCGGAGCUCCACUAGCAUUACCUUAUCCAGGGGGCUGUCACUGACCCAAGAGCCCCAGCAACCCAGAGCCCCAGACCAGAGCCCCCAGGGGACAGGUGAGGAAGCAGAGUGUGUAAAGGUGUCAGACAUGGUGGCCAAGCUGGAGUCCGAGUGCCUGAAGCACCAGAAUGUUACAAGGGAAGGGUCCAGAUCUGGGGGAGAGCUCUCGCGCAACAACAGCCUCUCGCGCAACAACAGCCUCUCGCGCAACAACAGCCUGCGGAGGAGGGUGGGCCGGGUUCUACUGGCAGGAGCAGACGCCUUCUCCAUCUCAGCCCAGCCUCCUCCACCUCAGUCUCCCACCGAGCCCCACCAUGGACUAGAGGAGACGACCAGGGUGCAGCACCGCCACGCUAGUCCCUCUACUGGCUAUCCCUCUACUGGCACCAGCCACACGGACAAACUAGUUCCCAGCAGCUGCCGUGAAGCUGCCCAGUUGGCUUCUAGCACCUCUGACUCAGGCUCUCCGUCUCACAGCGUGGACUCUGGGUGUGGCGCCUCCGUCGUCAGAGAGCCGGAGGAGAGCUGUGAGGCCCAGGGCCUGGGGCAGGGGCAGCAGAAGAACAGGGCUGUAGAGGCUGGGCAGGACCUGCACUUCCAGCUCCAGUCAGAGCAGGCCAGGGCCAGCAGGACAGACAGUAGUUGUAAACUACAGUGUAAGGAGCCCCUCCCAGGCAUGCUGUUCUUCUCACACCCUCUGCCCUCACAGGCGGUGCUUGAACACACACUGCCACACACAGACAAUACCCACACCCCCACCCCCCAGGACAUGGAGUCCAGCCCUAAACCCACAAGAGACUCAGCGGAACCCUCCAAGACUCAGCCCUGCGACCCCGCUAUCACCUCCCUCCUUUCUGAACCCAUAUCUCACAGUGAGAACUGGGCUGAGGAGGAAGAGGCGGUGAGUGAGGGAGAGGGGAGUGCUGUUAGCCGGUGUGAGACUGUGCCUUUCCCCCUGCGCCGCAUGGUGUCUCACGAGUUCCUGGAGAUGCGCUUUAAGAUCCAGCUGCUCCUGGAACCCCAGCAGUACAUGGCCUUCCUGCCUCACCACAUCAUCAUCAAAAUCUUCUGCCUGCUGCCCACGGAGAGCCUGGCCGUGCUCAAGUGCACCUGCCACUAUUUCAAGUUCAUCAUCGAGAGCUACGGCGUUCGACCCGCAGACUCCCGCUGGGUGUGCGACCCCCGCUACAAAGACGAUCCCUGCAAGCAGUGUAAAAAGCGGUACGGGCGUGGAGACGUGUCCCUCUGCCGCUGGCACCACAAGCCCUACUGCCAGGCGCUGCCCUACGGCCCCGGGUACUGGAUGUGUUGCCACGGCUCCCACAAAGACACGCCCGGCUGCAAUGUCGGUCUCCAUGACAACCGCUGGGUGCCCGCCUUCCAUAGUAUCAACAUGCCAAUCUAUAAGAAACCUAGGGAGGUCUCUGAGGAGUAGUGAUACAGACAAUGGGAGAAGAAUUGACUUGACUUCUGUACGCUUUAUUUUGUCUGAGGGCUGCGUGUCUGUGUCGCCAUAUGCAUAUGUGCAUUUAUUUGUGGGGAGUCUGAGGGCAACCAGGUUGCUGAUACUGAUGAAGAAUCGCUGGAUCUCUUCCUUUACCACUUCCCCCUCCCUCCCAACCUUCUCCUGACCCCUGACGUCUAACCCCUCCUCAGGUCCUCUGAGAUUGUGAGCACUUUAACCUUGGUCAGAAUUCUCAAUCCUCAAAGGAUUCUGUCAGGGUAUUCUAUUUACUUGCUUCAACGUUUUGGGUUAAAGCAUCAAAUCUGAUAAGAGUGUAUUGCAGAGAAAAGCUUUAAUUAAUCUUUCUCUUCAGUGUUGAUGCUUAAUGUGUCCCUCCUGCCAUAUCUCCUUCCUUAUGCAUCGACCGACCGUUACAUUGGAAUAGAUACUUUAAUCAAGGUAAAGCCUAUCAAUGUUAUGCAGUGUACCCCACCCACAAGUGAUUUACUCAGUGUGUUUAUUAUGUUGUCUAAGUGGAUACAUACAUUGCUGCAGGUCCUCGGUUUAUGCAAAAUGUGAAUCAACCCCAUCCCAUAUUCCAUAUCCUGGUUGCAUCCCAAAUGGCACCCUAUUCCCUAUAUAGGGCACCGGUCAAAAGUAGUGCACUAUAUAGGGAAUAGGGCGCCAUUUGGGUGGUGGAAUCUAUAUCCCCACUCCACUGUAUCAGGCUCCGGGCCAGAGAGGGUUUGUUGUCUGUUUUGGAUCUGAAUUGAUUGGAACUAGUUUGUUCUGUCCCCGGUUGUGUUUACAUUGUACAUAGUGCUAGAGUCCUAUAUCAAAAACAGGGAGAAUAAGAUUGACAAGCAGCACGAAUAUCUAUGACAUGACUUGAAUGCAUUUAUUAGCUUCAGUUUGGUAAAAAGAAAAACGUAUUUACCCUGUCAUGUGUAUAUUGAUGAAUAAUUAUUGGGUGUUUUUUUUGCAGUGGGUCCCAGAUGUAUAACCCAGUCUGUAAUCCAUACGCUUAUUAGCCACUCUUUUUUUCUCUACCGUUUUUUUUAUGUGUUGGAAAUGGCACACGAUUCGCUAUGUAGUGCACUACUUUUGACCAGGACCCAUAAGGCUCUGGUCAAAAGUAGUGUGUUAUUAUAUAGUGCCAUUUGGACAGGUGUUUGUUAUUAAUAUCCCUCUUUUUAUAAUGCAGUAAUUUCUUGAAGGGAACCAUGGAAAAUGUCACCUCAGUGUCGCUGUUCUUUACAAUGACUAACUGGACAUGAUAUAAAAAAUAUAAAAAAAAUAAUCAGGAUUGAUUACAAAUGGGAAAAUAAUGGUCUCUUAAAGUAGUUUGCUCCCAGAUAUUUUUUUUUACUUUGUUGUAUAAUAUUCCUGCUGUAUUCUGUCUGUAAAUGCAUUUUACUUCAAUAAAGCGCAUUAAUUUUGAGGUUUUAACUAU